AUGUCGUCUGCUAUGCAGACAGUUUGCCAGCAUAGCACAACUCAGUCGCCUAGCCAGUAUGCAUCAACAGGAUCUCCGAGACAACCACUUCGCGAACCAUCAGUUGGGCCACGCCAGUCGAGCAGGCACCAGACUGAUCAUGCUGGCGCACUCAACCCUCCUGCUAGCCCUGACCAAUUCUACUCCCCUCCCUCCGCCGUUACUUCGACAAUGAAUUCCCCACAACAUCUUCCAUUGCCUCCCUCCACUCGUGGCUCCCCUAUUACCCCAACUCCGGGUCAAGCGUCGAGUAGUACGCGGCCACGCCCGACCCCCACACUAUCUGAUGGACCUGGUUCUCCUCCGAUCCCCCCUCCUCGCACAUCAUCAAACCAACGAAGUCGCACAUCAUCAACUGCGCCAUCUGCCAAUACCUCCACGGAACGAGUAGCGAACUCCAAACAUUCUAGGCGAAGGGGAGAUGGUGCACGAGAUCGUGGGGACCGGGACCAUGCGCAGACAAACGGUAGGGACAAGGCGAAUGAUGAUGCGGAAUCAUCCGCUGUCAAGCGUCGAAAAUGCCCACAUUCGCCGGAUGUUCCACAACGAGCUGCGAGCACACGAGAGCCGAGGGAUCACACCUCGCCUUCUGCGAUGGAAAGUAGAUCUGAGGCUACAAUGGGACCAACUUCGAUUCCCACUGGCGCUGAUAAAGAGCCAAGUACGGUGGUUAAUCGAAUGGUCAUCACAGACCCUGCAGUAGAUAAUGCGCGAGAAAAGGAACGCCAGGCGGAAGCUCAACCUGACCCAGAAACCUUGUCAGGACUGGGCCUUGUUAGCAGUGAAGGGGUCGACGACGGGGGCCGCGGUGCUCGAAGCCGGCACGAUUAUUCAAAUUCCUCAUCAAGGCGAAAAGAAACUACUUUUGGUGACUAUGUUCUUGGUCAAACCAUUGGUGAGGGUGAGUUUGGAAAAGUUAAACUUGGUUGGAAGAAAGACGGCAGCGUGCAAGUCGCGAUCAAAUUGCUGAGAAGGGAGAGCCUUGGGAACAACCCCAGCCGCCUCCCGAAAAUAUAUCGCGAAAUCUCGAUUUUAAAAGAGCUUUCACAUCCAAAUAUAGUCCGACUUCACGAGAUGGCAGAGACCGAUCGACAUAUUGGUAUUGUUUUGGAGUAUGCAUCUGGGGGUGAAUUGUUCGACUAUAUCCUUAACCACCGGUAUCUGAAAGACAACCCUGCUCGUCGAUUAUUUGCCCAACUAGUUUCCGGCGUAGGUUAUUUGCAUAAGAAAGGUAUUGUUCACCGAGAUCUCAAACUCGAGAAUCUAAUGCUCGAUCGAAACCGCAAUAUCAUUAUCACAGAUUUUGGUUUCGCGAACACAUUCGACCCCACAGACGAACUGGGCGAAGAAAUUGAAUAUAACCUGACAAAUAGAGAAUUCGUGAAAAGGAUGAAGCUAGAUCGGCCCAACGCAAAGGGCUUAAGGCGCGGUGACCUUAUGCAAACUAGCUGUGGUAGUCCGUGCUAUGCCGCGCCAGAACUGGUCGUCACUGAUUCAUUAUACACCGGGCGUAAGGUUGACGUUUGGAGUUGUGGAGUUAUUUUGUAUGCAAUGCUUGCUGGCUAUCUCCCUUUUGAUGAUGAUCCCGCAAACCCUGAGGGCGAUAACAUAAACCUUCUUUACAAAUAUAUUGUAACGACACCUCUCACUUUUCCCGAGUACGUCACACCACACGCGCGAGAUUUGCUGCGGCGCAUCCUUGUCCCGGAUCCGCGAAAACGGGCAGAUCUCUUCGAAGUUGCGCGACAUAGCUGGCUUGCAGAGUAUGCACAUGUGGUAUCGCACAUUACCAGCAAUACUACUAAUGUGGCUGACAUUGCAAACACCACUGUUCCUGCUGAAGACCAACAAGAGACCCCAUCCCUUGCUCGUAGCGCUUCUGUUAGAGAACCACCCAAAACUCAGCAUCACAGCAACGCUUCACCUGUGGGAGGCCUCAGUCACCAUACAGGGAAAAUCUCUCAAGAAGAUGAAAAACCUAAAGCAAGGGAUGCGAAAAGGAGAACAGUCCAAGUCGAAUACGUGCCCCCUCAGUCUCAAACUGCUCGUGGUGACUCAACCACCGCCUCUUCUCCUCUGAGCCCAAUAUCAGGUCCUGCAGGUUCGUCGCAGGUUCAACCAAAAUUUAAUAACCAAGAACCCCCAACUUCAAGCACAGAAGGCGCGGCCGCAGCCACAACAACGGCCGCUUCACGGUCUAAACCAUUGCCGAAGGACCCGCCUGUAAACACCCAUUCUACCAGUCAUAACACAACAGAUCGCCUUCAAGGUAGGCCGCAUUCGCAAUAUGGAAACUUAGCGCAAUCGAUCUCAGACCUAACUGGUACUUUACCCCAAACAACCCGACCUCGAACUGGCGGGUCCCUGGCUUCUACCGGCGCCGGGAGAUAUGACAGCCGUUUGCCGUCCAGAGGUUCUUACAGUCAACCCGCCGCCCCAGCGGUCGCAACAACCAAUGUGCAGGGUCGGCUCGCUCAGCCCAAAAAUGCCACAGCCUACAGUAUCUCUCCGCCUACCACCCAGCAACCUGCAGAGAGUUCAAUUGAUCAGCCCAGUACAAAUCUGGACUAUAGCGUUGCCCAGCAACAAGAAGCACAAACCAAGAGCCAUAAGCGUUCUAGCACCGUGAGUAGCAUUGGUGAGAAGUUGUUUGGGCGAUCCGGCUCUAUAUUUGGUGGAAGAUCAUCUCAGCAUGGGCAACGACCAAAUAAACGCUACCCUCCAACUAGCAUGAAGGAACCGAUUGUCUCGGAUGAACCGCGAGCGUCAAUGGAUUCCCGUCGAUCAAUUUCUCAUCCUUUUCAUCGGAAACUGGUGGAUUCCAGCCAAGAGCAUACUACGAAACAACGAAGAUUUUCUCUCUUGCCUGCGUCGUUUUCUAUGAAAAACUUCUCAUCCAGCAAAGAAACGCCCCCCGCUGCUGACUCUCACAUGGCCCAGGUUAACGAUUUUCUCCACCCUCCAAUGAGUCAAGGUCAUCAGCAGCAGCCCCAACAGGUAUCAACUUCCAAUGCUACCUCACAUUCUCACCAUCCGACCGCCGGUCACCACACCCAAGUCGAACAAGGCCUUACCAACGCCAAUGACCAAUUGGAUAUGAUGAAUUACUCUGCUCAAAUCGACCAACAGUUUGCGACCCUUCACGCUGAAUCGGACCCCCAACACCAGAGAAAUCCAUAUGGAUCACCUCACAUUGCUGCUGAGCAAUAUUACCAAGAGGAACCCCAUGCUAACUCUUCUUCAGCGAGAUACCUCACUGAGCCACAGAAUUCCGGUUACACGGAGCAGUUUAUGCCCAGUUACCCGGAGGGAUAUAAUCCGGGCCAUAACAAUGACAAUGGUUCUCGGCAGUCAAUACAGCCUAACCACCAGUCUGGGAGGGUCUCCAAUGUUCUCCAGAAGAACAAUCGCAAGUUCGCUGAUGCCUACGAAUAUGAGAAAGAUCCGUCACAUCAUUCUGGUAGCUCUGGGGCUGCAAGAAGAGUUAUGGACUUUUUCAGGCGAAGGGGCAAGUACCGUGCUGGCGAUCAUCAGUGAAAAAGAACACCUGUUUGGCUAAAUGCUACAGUCGCCAGGUAUCACCUUGGGGAAACUACAUGCCAUACAAAAUUUCAGCAGCAGGAGAAAAGAUAGAAGACCAAUGAAAGAGAGAACGCUUUGUGGUUGGCGGAUUGGUGCUUUCAUUCUAUUGGGG